GUUUGAGGAAUGUGCACAUUUGCACUCUUUGUUCGCGUGCCUUUGUAUUAAUAUUAUAUUUUGCACGAAUGGACCGACGAUCAUCAUCAGAACUGAGCUGCGCUAUUCAAUGACGGGUGUUUCUUGCAGUUGGAGGUGCCAUGGUAAAACCUAGACACUUGAUACCAGGAAGAUUUCACAGCCGGGCAGCUCGUCCCCUUUCACAGUGAAGAUGCCUGCUGUGGUCCGUGAUAAGGUGGACUCUGAGUCCUCCUCAGAAGACGAGCAAGAAGACCAUCCCUGCAUUUCUUGGAGUGGCCUCAGCAAAACUAUCCCAGUUCUCUUGUUUUUCCCUGAAGCUGCCGUUUCAAAAGAUGGGGACAUCUGCUCUAUUGGAGAGCGAUAUCAUUUGGCCUUCAAGAUUGUGCGCACAGAGAGCCGCCUGGUACGAGGACUACUCACCAAUCAUGGAUUCCAUGAGGUUCACCCAAACAGCAAUGACUUUAACCUCAUGUGGACAGGAUCUCACCUCAAGCCUUACAUACUCCGUAGCCUUCAAGACUUCCAGAAGGUCAACCACUUCCCCAGGUCGUAUGAAUUGACGCGCAAAGACCGUCUGUACAAAAACAUCCAGCGAAUGCAGCAGACUCACGGCUUCAAAAACUUCCAUAUCGUUCCUCAGACCUUUGUGCUUCCCUCUGAGUACCAGGAGUUCUGCAAUUGUUUUGCCAAGGACAAGGGCCCCUGGAUUAUUAAACCAGUAGCGUCUUCCAGAGGGCGAGGCAUCUACUUGGUCAGCAAUCCAAAUCAGAUUUCAAUGGACGAGAACAUCUUGGUGUCUCGCUACAUUAAUAACCCACUGCUGAUAGAUGAGUUUAAGUUUGACGUGCGGUUGUACGUGUUGGUAACAUCGUAUGAUCCGGUCCUCAUCUACGUGUAUGAGGAGGGCCUGGCCAGAUUUGCCACAGUCAAGUAUGACCGGACUUCAAAGAACAUUAAGAACACGUUCAUGCAUCUCACUAACUACAGCGUGAACAAAAAGAGCAGCGAUUAUGUCAGUUGCGAUGACCCUGAAGUUGAGGAUUAUGGGAACAAGUGGAGUAUGAGUGCACUGUUGAGGUAUUUGAAGCAGGAGGGGAAAGACACCACAUUGCUGAUGAGACAAGUGGAGGACCUCAUCAUCAAAGCUAUACUAAGUGCUGAACUACAGAUAACCACUGCCUGCAAGAUGUAUGUUCCCCACAAGACCAACUGCUUUGAACUGUAUGGGUUUGACGUGCUCAUUGACUCCAACCUCAAACCCUGGUUGUUAGAGGUGAACCUUUCUCCCUCCUUGGCCUGUGAUGCACCCUUGGAUCUGAAGAUAAAGGCCAGCAUGAUUGCAGACAUGUUUUCACUUGUGGGCUUUGUGUGUCAGGACCCCCUAUCGAGACAACCACGCUCUGACCGAGUCCCCCUGGACCCCGGCCUCAAAUACCCAGCAGCACAAAGAACACAGAAACCUCUUUCUGCACAGGCAGCCACUGCACACAGCAGAAACAGAAUGCGGCAGAGGCCCGCGUCAGCCGGUAACUCAGAAACAGAGGGGUCGAAAGACAAGUUAGGAAGUAAACCGGGCCAAGGAGACAGCACUCUGAGCUUGACUGCCGAGGAGAUCAAAGUGCUGAGGAGGAUAAAGGAAGAGUACGAGAGACGAGGAGGCUUCGUUAGGAUCUUCCCCACCGCAGAAACAUGGGAGCUCUAUGGUGGAUAUCUGGAGUCCAAGACAUCAAUGAACUACAUGUUGGCAAACAGACUUUUCCAUGGAAGGAAUGUAAACGGGAAUGUGCAGCUGCAGGUGGACGCCGUCCACGGCUGUCACGUUGUCCAGUACGAGAGGAAGCUGCUGUCUCUGGAGGCACGUAAGAGGAGACAGCGCCACCUGACUCAUCGCUCUUCUGCAGGGAAGAAGAAAUCGGGGAAGGAAUCCAAGGCCUCCCCGACCGAGAGCAGCAGUCAGGAGGGAGAGGAGUGCGCUCGGGAGCAGAGAGAGGAGGUGAAACAAGCCCGAGAGCCAGUCUCACACCGGGCUUUGGUAGCAGAGCAAAGAAAACAAGUGGCCACACCACUGGAGCGCUGCCACAGCGAGGCUCUGUCCAGCUCAGAGGCAGCCAUGUACAGUGCCAGACGCAGAGUCAACCUGCUCAACAUCCUUCAGCAGGGGUGGGACCUCAGUAAAGUGCAGGCCCGGGCGGCUUUUUCCUCAUACCUGCAGCGAGUCCAGCAAAGACUGCUGGCAGAAAGCAGGGCCAACGCCAUCCCAGCUUGGCCAGAGAAGGACAACGACCAAAUGGAGCUGGUGAUCCGCUUCCUGAGAAGAGCAGCCAGUAACCUUCAACAAGACAUCCAGGUGGUCUUGCCCAGUCGCCAGCUUCCACUCCAAGACCGCAGACGCAUCCUGUCCCACCAGCUCGGAGAGUUUAUCCACUGUUACAACAAGGAAACCGAACAUAUGUUGAAAAAACAGGAGAACGGCAAAGAGGAACAUUGUGUUAACCCCGGUGUGUUCAAGGAGUACAUCACUGCAGCAAGUGAAAACGAUCUGGAGGAAGUUCUGACAUUCUACACACAGAAAAAUAAAUCAGCCACCGUCUUCCUAGGAACAAAAGUCAGGAGUGUUAAGAAAGACAUUCAUGAAGUAAAUGCCUCAGGAGACUCAGGCCACUGUGAGAAUUCCAGAACUCUGUCUGUGGCCAAAGAGGAUUCCAGCGCUUCAGAGUCCUCGCUCUCCACCGGGAAAGUCAGCAGUGACCCGGACAUCAAGGCCACUGAGAGACAGCCUGACGUCCAGGCCUCGCAGCACUGCUCCGGCUUUCCUUUGACUUUAAACUGCACGCAUAUUCAUCUGCCGCACGGCUCCCCCGCCCCGACGUCCCUGCCUCUCCAUUGUCCGCCACCACCGCCACCUCUUCAGCCACCGUCCUAUGCACAGUCCUUGGCUAAGUCUCAGUUCUGCCAUUCUGAGAGUCUGUCUAACCCUCCUGCAUACACUCCUGCCCUUGCAGUCACACAGCCCCCCAGAGCAACGUGGACAUCCGUUUCCACCGGCUCUAACACAGUCUGUACUGGGCAGCCGACCCAGGUGCUCAGGAGGAUUCAGUCCUUUACCACAUCAGCAUCCAGCUCUGGAGCCGCCACUUCCCUCCCGAGUGCCACGCACAUCUAUAGUCAGAAGCUCUCUCGACCCACCUCUGCAGGCCAAGUGAUCAGGAGGAGCAGUUCCACUAAGCUGAAGUCAAACUCAGCAGGGACAAUAAAAGAGUUAAACUCCCAAGCCCAGUCCAACCAGCAGGCCUUCAUCUCAGCCCUGCAAAAGCUGGCUGACAAGCAGGUUGCUCGCCACUAUGCCAGCUCCAGUCACAUCAACCUGCUGACGCAACACUUAACCAACCUGAACCUGGCAAACAGGAUGCUGAGCAGAGACAGCGUCACACUGAACCCUAAAGUGCGGCAUACUGCUGCUACAACACAAGGGCCGGUGAAGGCUGUUCACUCUGGAACAGAUCGACGUGGCAGCACGAGCCACAGGCCGCUGAAGGAUGAGGAGGGUCUUUGGGAUGGGCAGAUGCAGAGCGCCUAUAGCCUGGUGACAGGGGUGAACCCCCAGCAGUGCUACCAGCCCACCCAAGGAAGUUACCAGCUUCAGUUCGCUAUCCAGAAACUGCAACAGCAAAGACUUCAGUCUGGACAAUUUCUGGACCAGAGCCAUUGCAGGCACCAGGCUCAGUUUCCUGACCAGACAAGUACUCCACACGCCCAUGCUCCAACAAACACAACCAGCUGCCCUCCAUCGAGCUUUCAUGUUCGGCCCAAUCACAGUCAUGGACACAGCCACAUCCAAACCUGUGUUAGUCCUGUUCUCGCCCCAAAGCCACCCAGCAGUACCAGAGAGGGACAGGUCAGGAAAACAGCAACAAAGCGCCUCAUCAAACAGAUGUCCGCAGAGAGUUCAGCCAGUGGAAGUGUGUCCAGCGGCCAGCAUGUGGUCUACGAAGCCAUCUGUGGUAAAACAGGUCUUUCCGUGUACCACAAGCUGCUCCAGGGCCAGGAGCCCGGUCACAGAUGACAUGAAAGCGACCAGAGGCACGUCCUGCCCCUCUGCUGGCCUGACAGGUGUCUCUGCAUGUAACUACAUCCUCACAGAGGUGUAUUCUGGGAAAGGACAACAGCAACAGAUGAAAGCAUGCCAGACAAAAAAAUGAGGUCCUAUUAAUUUCUCUCUGAUACGACCACAGACAUGCGAGAGGGUAGUCUACAAGGCCAGGAACGCCCAGCUUUGACGCAGGUUGGGAUUUUAUUUGCUCAGCUCAACAUCAGUUGGCCUUUUCAGCUCCUUCCACCCCCCUCCCCUCAACCCCCCCUUGGCUACACUCCGUCUAUAUCCCAACAGUUGUCCGCCCUCAUUCUCUCCAUGCUACUGAUGCCACAGAAAGAUUUCACUGACAGAUAGCCUUCAGCAGAUGGUUCUUCAAUGCCCACGUGGCAUUUUGACUUCAGGAUUCAACCUUUUAUUCUUCGCUCAUGCAGUAGCAUGUGCACCGUUAGUCAUUCAUGUAGAUUUUAUCUUCCUAAAAAGUUAUACAAACGCAGACGCAUACAGAGAAGGUUCUUUCGCAAGUGGCUUUUGGCAUUAGACACUUCAACUCCCGGCCUUGUUGGAAACCAAGUUGUUGCCAAAUCAUACUCUAUGGUCAUUCUCUAAGGAUGUGUUAAAGUACAGCAUCCUCUGCUUGAAGGCUUAGGAGCUUAAAAUCGAUUGGUUGCUGCCUCGUUCCACGUUUAUAAGGACGAUGUAACACACAUAUCAAGAAUACAGUUGGCUUGUGAUUGUGAUUAUUCCUGUGAACUGUUGAGAUGUUGAUGUUUUACUGGGAUGGACCAAAUGUAAUAUUUUCAGUUUAUUAAGUGUUGUUAUUCAAUUAGUAUUUAUUUACUGUUCAUUGUCAACCAAAAGGCCUUUUUGGCCGAUUCUGUAGCUCAAAGCAUAACAUAAAAAGAAUUAUGGUUAUGCACAGCCUUACAAUGAAGGUUAAUGCUGCACCAGCUGACCAAUAUCCUCGUGGAUAUUCUGCUGCUUGGGACCAUAUAGUGAGUGAACUCAGGGCGUGUUUAUAGAACAAAACAUCUCUGUUAUAUAUCAAUAGAUUCAGCUUCAUGUUUAUGAUGACUUUGUGAGAAAUACUUGAAUGCCAUGCAUGUUCUUGUCUUGAUGAACAUCAGAGUGAUUUUGCACAGAUGGUAGUUCUCAAUGCAGUGCAACAGAACUGUUUUUAAUACACACGACGGUAUUGUAUUUUGUAGUGAUUGAUGUUAAACGUAAUGUUGUGGACUACUUUACGACACCAGUGCAUGCUGUGUUACAAGAAUCCAACAGCAGAAUCCAAAUCAAUGUAUAUUUUCCUGUGGUGAUAACAUUUGUUUUGUCGCCGAUUGUUUACAACACACAUGCAUGGAAAUGUAAUGAUGUCCGUCUGUAUCAAACAACAUUGCAAUGAACACCU